UUGUUAAGCUCUCUCAAAUUAGAAGAAGAGUUGGGUGCUGAAUCACCAUUAUUUUGAAGCUUGCGUGGAGUGCCUAUAUCCACUCGUUUUGGUGAAUCUCAUAAACCAGAAGCUUACAUUUUAAAGAAGAUUAAAAGAGUCAAAGAAGACGGUGGAAUUGAGCCAUGGCAGUUGGGUUAGCUAUAGCCAGUGAAGGUGGCCAAUACAAUGGCAGGCUAACUUUGCUUGUACUUGUUUCAUGUAUGAUGGCUGCUACAGGAGGAAUCAUCUUCGGUUAUGAUCUUGGAAUUUCAGGUGGAGUGACGUCGAUGGAGCCAUUUUUGAAGAAGUUUUUCCCAAAAGUUUACACAAAGAUGAAAGAAGAUACCAAAAUCAGCAAUUACUGCAAAUUCGACAGCCAACUGUUGACUUCAUUUACGUCCUCACUCUACAUAGCUGGUCUUAUUUCGUCUUUCUUGGCAUCGCCGGUGACCGGAGCCUUUGGCCGCAAGCCCUCCAUCCUUAUAGGAGGAGCUGCAUUCCUUGCUGGUUCAGCCCUUGGUGGUGCGGCUGUUAACGUCUACAUGUUGAUACUCGGUCGUGUCUUGCUAGGAGUUGGAGUUGGAUUUGCAAACCAGUCAGUCCCAUUAUAUAUCUCUGAAAUGGCACUUCCCAGACACAGAGGAGCAAUGAACAUUGGCUUCCAAUGCGGCGUUGGCCUCGGUGUUCUUUCGGCUAACAUUAUAAACUUCGGCACCGAAAAGAUCAAAGGUGGAUGGGGUUGGCGAAUCUCCCUCGCACUCGCCGCAUUACCGGCUUCAAUCCUAACAAUCGGAGCAAUCCUCCUCCCCGAAACACCUAACAGCUUAAUUCAAAAUAAUAGUAAUCCUGAUAAGGCCAAAACCGUGUUGCAACGUAUACGCGGCACCACCGAUGUCCAAGCAGAACUCGAUGAUCUCAUCGAAGCAAGCUCGAUUUCAAAAACCACCAACUGCCCGUUUCGAAAAAUUAUACAAAGAAAAUAUAGGCCUCAACUAGUAAUGGCAAUAGCUAUACCAUUUUUCCAACAAGUAACAGGCAUUAAUGUCAUCACAUUUUAUGCACCAAUUCUAUUUAGGACCAUUGGCCAAGGUGAAAGUUCUUCACUCAUGUCCGCAAUCGUGACCGGCCUUGUUGGUACUACCGCGACAUUCAUAUCAGCACUCGUGGUCGAUAAACUCGGUCGAAAGACCUUGUUUAUGAUAGGAGGAAUUCAAAUGCUUGUGACACAAAUAACAAUUGGAGUAAUUAUGGCUAUUUUGUUAGUGGAUCAUGGUGGAUUAAGCAAAGGGUAUGCUUAUUUAGUUUUAGCUUUAAUUUGUGUAUAUGUAGCUGGUUUUGCAUGGUCAUGGGGACCAUUAGGAUGGUUAGUUCCUAGUGAGAUUUUCCCACUGGAGAUUAGAUCAGCAGGACAAAGCAUUACAGUGGCAAUGGGAUUUCUGUUUACAUUCAUCAUUGCACAAUCUUUUCUAGCUAUGCUUUGUCGUUUCAAGUCCGGGAUUUUCUUCUUUUUUGGAGGAUGGGUCAUGGUGAUGACCGCAUUUGUGUACUUUUUGUUGCCGGAGACCAACAAUGUGCCGAUCGAACAAAUGGAAAAAGUGUGGAAGGAUCAUUGGUUUUGGAAAAUAAUUGUUGGAGAGAUGGAUGAUGAAAAGAAGGCUUAUACACAACAAGGGGCAUAAUGCAUAAAAAAAAAAGUUUGCAUGGCUUUAUAUUUGAUGCAUGAUGAAGUUCAAUAAAAGGGUUGAAAAAAACUCAUGUUGAGAGCUUUUUUUUAAAGAAAA